UCGCGCUCGCGGCGCCGGCUGGCGGUUGUGCGUGGUGCUGCGUUGUGUCAACGGAUCGCGUCCCGGCUCCCCGCUAGCUGCCUGGUCCUCCCCGAGCCCCGGCCGCGCCAUCCCCGAGGCCAUGGCGCGGCGGUGGGGGUCCGCCAUGAGGGCGGCCGAGCUGACGGGCUGCGUGGUGAACGCCUCCCGCGCCGGGCAGCCCGAAGAGGGCUCGUGGAGCUGCAGUGGGGUGAUCCUGAGCCGCAGCCCUGGCCUGGUGCUGUGCCAUGGGGGCAUCUUCACCCCUUUUCUGCGAGCCGGCAGCGGGGCGCUGACCGCGGAGGGCGCCGCCUUCCUGCCGGGCAGCAGCUGCACCGACGACCUGCGCCUGCACGUUCUGUGGAGUCCAAUGGCCGCCAGUUCCUCAGGCCGCGCGGAGCUGGGCCGCCCCGGCCUGUGCACGCCCCAGUGCGCGGGCCUGGAGCCGGGCCCGCUGACCCGGCCUCGCGGGCCGCCCUUGCAGCCCCCGCGCCCCGCCGAGCUGCUGCUGCUGCUGAGCUGCCCGGCCUUCCGGGCCCACUUCGCGAGCCUCUUCGGAGGCGACGCGGCCGAGCUGUGGCGCUUUGCGGGCGCGGCGCCGGACGACGAGGCGCCGGAGGACGAGGAGGAGGACCAGCUGCGGGCGCUGGGCUGGUUCGCGCUGCUGCGCGUGCGGCCCGGCCGGGAGGACGACCCCAAGGAGCGCGGGCCCGCGGUGGCCGUGGCGCCUUUGGGGGCUGUGCCCAAGGGCGCGCCGUUGCUGGCCUGCGGCUCCCCGUUCGGGGCCUUCUGCCCGGACAUCUUCCUCAACACGCUCAGCCGCGGCGUGCUGAGCAACGCGGCCGGCCCGCUGCUGCUCACCGACGCGCGCUGCCUGCCGGGCACCGAGGGCGGCGGCGUGUUCGCCGUGCGGCCGGCGGGCGCGCUCGUGGCGCUGGUGGCGGCGCCGCUCUGCUGGAAGGCCCGCGAGUGGGUGGGCCUCUCGCUGCUCUGCGCCGCCGCCCCUCUCGUCCGCGCCGCCCGAGUGGCGCUCGGCCGCCUGGCCCCCGACGCCGCCGCCCUGGCCGCCCUCCUGCCCCCUGAAGAGGGAGCCCCGUGGGGCCUGCCCCUCCAGGACCCUGCGUCCCCGUGGGCAGCUUCGGCCGUGCUGGUGGAGUGCGGCACUGUGUGGGGCUCCGGAGUGGCCGUGACGCCACGCCUUGUGGUGACUUGUCGGCACGUCGCCCCUCGGGAGGCGGCCAGGGUCCUGGUGUGGUCCACCAGCCCUAAGAGUGUCCGUAUCUGGGGACGUGUGGUGUUUGCCACCCAGGAGACGUCUCCCUAUGAUACAGCGGUGGUGAGUCUGGAGGAAGAGCUAGAUGGGGUCCCCAGACCUGUGCCCGCUGAGAAUUUCCAUGAAGGUGAGGCUGUCAGUGUGGUGGGCUUCGGUGUCUUCGGCCAGACUUGUGGUCCCUCAGUGACCUCAGGCAUCCUGUCAGCCGUGGUGCAGGUGGAUGACACACCGGUGAUGCUGCAGACCACGUGUGCUGUGCACGGAGGCUCUAGUGGGGGACCCCUCUUCUCCACCUACUCAGGGAACCUCCUGGGCAUCGUCGCCAGCAACACCCGGGAUAACAACACAGGGGCCACGUACCCUCACCUGAACUUCAGCAUCCCCAUCACAGUGUUGCAGCCUGCCCUGCAGCGCUACAGCCAGACGGGCGACCUGGGCGGCCUUCGGGAGCUGGACAAUGCCCCCGAGCCCGUGAGGGUGGUGUGGCGGCUGCAGCGGCCCCUCCCAGAGGCCCCUAGGAGUAAGCUCUGAGACUGUGUUACCCUGCCGGAGAGAAGAGUGACCAUGAUACCCCCAAGAAGUGCCAAGGCUGAUAUCCUGACGUGGUGUGCCCUUCCUUGUGGGACUGCCUCCCCAUCUCACCCACUGCGUUCAGCUCUGGAGUCUAGAUCAAAUGUUUCUCAGCUCCAUGGGUCUUCAACCUGGCAGCCUGUUUGGGGUGCUUUCUUGAGCCCCUACUUCUUUCUAUCCCUCUGGCACUAGAUUCAGCUCUGAUUUCCUCUUUUGGGGGCCCCACUACAACUGCACAAGGGCCCUGGUGCUGGCUGGAAGACGGGCCCAGCCUGGUUCCACAACUGUUCCCUGUCUGGAGCUGCUGCUGUUCUGAGGCCUCGAUUCCUCUCUGCUCUCAGUCAGAAUUGGGUUGAUGGGGAGCACUGAGGCUGCCUUAGAAGCCUCAGUAGAGAGGUGCUAAGGAGGUGUUAAGACCAACUCUGCCAGUCAGGAACACUCACUGUGUGCCCAGGGCCCUGUACCUGUAGGGCCUUGCUCUGAGAGGCAAGAGGAGCACCUCUCUGUUCUGUUCUGCCAGACCUGGGUCUUUGCAUGUUAGGGGACAUUGCCCUACAGGGCUGCUCUGAUCCAGUGCCUUAAUUUUCCAGCCCUUAAAAUGGGUCUCAGGGAUGUCGGUGGGUAGAAUUAUCUAUUUGGGGUUUGGGAAUAAACAUAACCUGUGGGAAAACAUCUAUACUGAUGUACAUCAGAUUCUUUCUUCUUUGUUUCUAGAGUUGAAUUAGGAAGAGGCAAACAUCAGGCAUAGAAAUACACCUUUUCUGUACUGCUUUCUUGUUGGGGCAGGGGGUGCUGAUCUCCUGGGAUAUUCUCGUGCCAGACUGGUCCUUGGUAGCUGGUCAUAGAACCUGUCAGCACCGGGUGGGCUUGUAGGUCCCAGAAGGUGGUGGUCUUGGCUCAGAAGGAAGUGUUCAGAGGGUCCAGGAUGUGCUCGGCCUGUUUUAGACCCCUGGGGUGGAUGGGCUUUAGGGGAUUCAGGCAUGAAUGAGGCCAAGGCAGCCCCCAAGGAGGUGUUAAGACCAACCCUUCCAGUCAGGAACACUCACUGUGUGCCCAGGGCCCUGUACAUGGGCCUCAAGAAAUGAUCAUUAAGUCAUUAAAUGGUGGAUGACUGCUUGGGGGUGACAGGGAGGCUAAUUCUAAGCAGAGAAUCACUGGAAGUAGUUUUUUUCUAAAAUCUGAUUGUUGAGUGCCAACUCUGGGUAACCAUAGAACAGUCCUGUGAUAAUUGUCUUCUCUUUAUAGAUUAGGGGUGGGUCCAGAGGGCAAAGUUAGCUUGAGAGAAGUGCCAUAGUGCAUUAAUGGUAGUAGGGAUGAAGGUUAAGUUGUGACUGCUGGGAGGGGGAGGGGGAGGACUUAUUCCCUGUGUGGGCACCAAGGAGUUAAAGGGAGACUAUUGUGUCAGCCCAUUUGUUUCAUGAACGGAGCAGCUUUGUCCUGUUCAGGUGCAAUAUGUCCAGGGGCUCGGGGACAGAGGGUCAGGCAAGCUUCAAGCUGAUCAUGAGCAGAACCUGAAAGCAGAGUCAGUGUUGAACAAGUGGACUGGAAACAGGGUGUCCAGGUUGAGAGAAUGGGAGCUGGGACAGGGACGAGUGAAGCCACCUGCAUGUUCUGGGAGUGCUGAGUAAUUGAAAUUGGAAGGGAGCAAGACUGGAGACGGGAGGACUAAUUGCAAUGACCCUGGGCAGGGAGAAGUUGGCUAAGGUAGGACCAGGGAGGGUGCAGAAGAUCAAGCGAUGAUACGGGAGGGGAAACUUAUUGGAUGUGGGGCCAGUGCAGAGACAGAGAAAGGUUAAACGGGGUCCAGAUCUCCGCAAGGGUAAUGAUGGGUGGCUGACAAAUUUAGGGACAAGAAGUUUCCUUGAAGUGUCUGUGGGGCCUCAAUUGAGAAAUACAGCAAGCUGUAUUAGGCUGAGUUAGGAUAAUGCAGUAAAAAAGACAGCCUCUGCCCAUCACACUCAAUCUCAGUGGUUUAAGACAACAGAAGAAUAUUGCUCAUGGAGAGUCCAAAGUCGUGUAUCUAACUGGGAUGGGGAGGUGGCUCUUGGGCAGUAGAGAUUGAGGGACCCUGGCUCCUUCCCUCUUGUGGCUCUGUCAUCAGGUCUGGGGUCACAAAGUCCUCUCUGCCAGGUCCUCUGUAACUUGACUGGUGUACAGGGGAAAGAGAGAAGAUAUCCCUGUUUCUUUUGUUAAAUGAUUUUAUUUUGAAACAAUUUCAAACUUAGAGAAAAAUUUCAAGAAUCCCCAUACACCUCUCACCCAUCUACUUUGCCAAAUGCCCCAAUGAUGUCCUUUGUAACCAAAAAAUCUAAUCUGCACCCAUGUGCCAUGACUGUGUCUAGCUUGGGUCUGCCUUCCUGUGAGUAGGUUCAUGCUCUGUGUCUUUGGCUGUGGUAUCACAAACGUGAUGCAUCUUAUCAUUGUGUCUGUCCUAUUGGUGGCAUAUAAUGUUUAUCUGGCCCAACAACUGAGAACACCCAUUUGAGUCAGAUGGUGCCUGCCAGGCUUGUCUACUAUGAAGUUAAAUACAACGUUUUCUUUGUAUUUAAGUAUUUUGUGGCAAUACUUUGAAACCGUGUAAAUAUAUACCGUUCCUUAUCUGCUUUCACCUUUUGUGCUUAUUAUCCAUUGAUAGGUUGGGUCUGAAUAACUACAGUUGUUGCCAAGUGCUAAUUUUAUAUUUUCAUUAUUUCUCCUACAUUUAUUUGUCAGCAUUUAUUAUAAGAGCUUUUCAGUCUUUCCAUCUGUAGUUCUGUCCAUGUGGACUUAGGGAUUCAUAUUUAUUCUACAGAUAAUAAUCCAUUGUUGUCAUAUUCAUUUUGCUGUUCAAAUUUUCCUGUAUUGGCCAAUGAGCAUGGCUUCCAGCUUAGCUUCUCUGUUCUUUUGGCAUCUCCCUAUCAUUCUUUGAGUACUUCCUUCAAAAUGUUCUAGGCUUACUUUGUGCUUUCCCUGAAGUCAAUUGUUUCUCCAAGGGUCUUUUUAUUUAGAAGCCAAGAUCUAGGUUGUAAGUGUGCUGUCUAUAUUCAGUGUUGCUGCUUCUAGGCCCUCUGGUAAGACAAAACUUUCAUCUGUAUUUGUUUUUAUCUUUGUAUCAUAAGCCACAAGUUAAUGCUGAUAGUUGCAAUUUGAAUUCAACUCUGUAGGGUUCAUUAUAGUUUCUCCUUUUUCCUAUUUGUACCUCCUUCCUGUCCAUGAGAAACAUAGCUCCAUUAUGCUCAUUAUCUUUACUUGUUUGCUCUAUCUCCUGAAUGGAACCAAUCUUCUAAUCCCUAGCAGGAUGCUCCAUAUAGAUCUGUAUGGUGAUUGAUUUUACUUGAUUAGGAAGAGGAACAGAAGUCACUCUUGUGUCUUAAGUGACACAUACCACUGUUGCUCACUGUGCUUCUGUGAGAAUUUUGCCCCACCCAGAAGCAAGAGCAGGAGAGGAUGGGCAGGGUCCUCCCUAGCUGGGCAGGUGCUUGUCAGCAGGACAGACUCCUGCAGCAUGGAAGGGGAAAUGAUCUUUGUAGAGAGCUGGCUCUGCCAAGCUGGGCAUCGUUUGAGCCUGUUUUUUGGUGAACGGAACAAAGAACCAUAUUGCCUAAAUAAAGGUAGGGUUUAGUUGGGGCCCUUCUAGGUGAGAACCAGAAAACACCUUGACCUGAGGAAGUUCUGGGAGCCUCUAGGUAUGAGAGAUGACUGGGCAUCCCUCUUUGCUUUGGCCACUCUCUCUGGCCUCCUUUGUACCCAAGUCUCUCCUUCCUCAGAAAUGCAGUUUGCAUUUGGCUAUCCAGGCCUCUCUGACCCUUGAAUCUCUUCAUAUCAUCUGGGGCUGGCUCUUCAUGGAGCUGUAGUCACGGCACAUUCAUUAGGCUGGGAGAGGAUCUUCACGUGGUCUGGACUACAGGUGAACUAGUUGCUGUUGGUUGAAGCUAUGGGAGCAGGAACAGGAAGGUUUGGGGGCCAUCGGUGUUUAAGACUCAGCGGCACUGCAAGGGGCUGAGAAAUAACAAGCAGAGGCACAGUUCCCUCAAACUGCCAAUGUUUCGGCAUCCAAACCACACCUUACUACUAUUCAGGCACCUGAAAGUUCAAAGACAAAAGUCCUUUGUUAAGCAAGGAGCCCUGAUUUUCAGCUCCAAAGUUAUGGGCACUGUGGCAUGGAGAUGGGGAGUAAGGUGGGGUGAACUGUCUGGGACAAUUGCUAAGUUGGUUGCUAAGAAGGUGAGGAGUGACAAGCACCUUCCUGAUCUUUGUGGUUUGGGGCGGGUCCUAGGAGAUGAGCCACACCAGCUCUGUGGGUCAUGCCAAGCCUGGUGUGUACCCACAGCACAUCUCUCCCCUUCCCAGCUUCCAGCUGGUGCUGAGUUUCUCAGAGUCCUUCCCUUGCACCCUGUCCAGUGGGGCCCUCUAUCCACCUUCCUCACUUUGCCCAGCCACAGGGCUGUCUCUCUGCCCUGGGAAGGCUCUCACCCUCUCUAUUUACCUCUACGGCUCCCACAGGGCCCAGUAAAUUUCCAAUACUUGCUUGACUCAGAUGAGACUCUGCUUUGGCUGCUCAGUGACCUCUGGCUCCCUUAGGGAUGAUGCCUGGUUGAGGGAUUUCCAAGGCCCAGUUCCUUUGCUUCUCUAGCUGCAUGAUGUUGCCCAAGUUCUUAGUUUAUGAGCCUCAGUUGCCUCACCUGUGAAGUGGACAGAAAGAAAACUUACCUCAAACAUCCACGGGAAAAGUAAAUUUGAGAA